UACUACUACUACUACUACUACUACUACUACUACUACAGUAAGCCCCCGCACUUGGCGGUGAAUCUCAGCUUGGCGAAAUUCAUUUUUGGCGGUAGGGUGGCCUCGGAGCACCGAGUGCACGCUUGACGAUUUGAAUUCAAACUUGGCGGUCCCCAGGCGGCCGUACGGCGAACCACGCGACUCCCCGGUGACGUCAAACCUCUCUUUAAACCUAAAUAAGGUCAAGUUAGGGUUAGGUUUGUCUAGAUAAAGUAAAGUUUGAUUAGAUUAAAUUGGGUUAGGUUAGGUUAAAUAAGGUUAAGUUCAUGACCACCACUACUGUCAACACCAGAACAUUUGUCCCUGUAUUUUGGGUAACUCUUAUUCUCUUUAAUGGAACUGGCAGUCCAGUGGGCUUUUUAUUUUUAUAUUGUUUGUUGCCCUUGGCCAGUUUCCCUCAUAAAAAAAAAAGACUAUCCACUAUGGAGUCCACCAUCACCACACCCCUCACCUGUGAAGUACACCUGGGUGCUGUAUGAAGUGUAGUUCCUGAUGAUGUUCUGCUGGGGGAGUUCUAUGGUAGGGUGCCAACUCGAACACCAGCUCUUCCGUGAUGUGAGAUACUGCGGGGGAGAGAGGAUUGGGGGAAGGGCUUUAGUUGAAGGUAAACUUUUUUUUUUUUUUUUUUUUUUUUUUACGGUGCUAGUGACAGAUUAAUGUAUUUGUAUAUAAGUAUUGUCAACACUUUUGUUUUUACCAACCCUGUAUUUUAUAAUAUGCAUAUUUUAAUUUAUAUUUUUAGAUCAAUUAUUGUGAUGCUGUACGUGUUAUGUACGUGUUACUAGGUGUUUCAAAGAUCAGCCCUUCGAAUUUGAUAUUCUAUAAUUCAUUUUAGUUACGUUAGAUCUUUGAUUCAGUUUCCUUUAUUUGUAGAUUUUUCUCACUUGACUUCUGUGUGAUUGUUCAACAUUCCUUUCACACAACAUCACCAGUGAACAGCACUGAUUGCCCUCAUGUGUAAAGUUGUGGUAACUGCUAACAAAAAGUAACUGUCCCAUUCGCGUCAUCUGAACUAAGAAUAUGUGAGUGACUGGUGAGGAAGGGAGGAGACCAAACACCUUGACGCAGCAGGAUAUGGAGGUGAAUGAGGUGUGAGGCUCCUGAAGGCAUUGAUCUACAGCCACUCCAGCCUGUCCUGAUGGCAGACAUUAGCAGGUAAUGGCUGGUCGGUGAUCAUUCCUGAUAUGAAAGUUUUACUUCCUAUUCCAUCAUGACAUCAGACUUAUCAAUUGUGGAGGUGGAAUUUCAUACAGUUGGUUAACUUUCACAGAGUACGAGUAUUUGUUGCUGUUAUGGUUUGGGAAAUAUUAAUCUUAGCAUCGAUCUCUGUCCAUUUUCUCGAUGUUCUCUUCAGUUCUCAUUUAUUCAUAAGAGACUGCCUUUGAUUCAACAUUCAUUAGCAUAUUUCAACUUUUGUGUGCUUAUUUCUCUCUUCUCCUAAGAUAUUAGGCUUUAUACUAUUUGUCUGUUCUCGUGAGUUGACUCGUAGACCUUUGUUACCAUCCAUGGAAGUAUUGACGAAAGAGUACGUCUAGCUCUGGGAUACUUGUCCUAAGCCUUGCCGCCAAUCAAAACUGAAAGCUGUUAAUUUUCUGAGAUUCAAAGCCGAUGACUUCGCACUUACUGCUACUCCCUGACAUAUUUACCUAAUACCGAACUGGAAGAGAAAGGCCAUCUGCCUUCUUGAGAAUUUCUGCUGUGCGUUAUAACUGUUAAGGAGAAAUACAUAAAAAUGAUUCAUGUAAAAUAGUGAACGGACAUACGCUCCACUCAUGCCUCAGCUCCUCACUGCGAGGUUGGAGGCACGUCAGACUACUUUUCAUCACACAUUUCCCAAAGCACAGUUCCUGAAUCUGCACACCUCUAGUUCUGUACUUCUGUUGGUGAACGAUCAACUCGCUUGAAAAAGAAGAAAAAAAAAAAAAUCGACAGGAAGAAAAUGUACACUUAAUCCUAUCAGUUAUUACAGUUACGUACAUCACAGCAGUGUUUGAUAUGGGGAAAAAAAAUGACGUAGCGUUUGGUAUUGUCAUGAAAUAUGAUAAGAGUGAGAUGUGCAAUUACUUAGAAAAAAAAAGUGGACUCGUUAAGAUGGCUUUUGUUUAUAGUCGUUGUCGAUUAGUCGUCAUAGCUGCAACACACGCUACACGCAUACUUCAAAGGUCCUGAGCUCCGUAACGCCACCAACGCCACUAACGAGCACAAGGUCGCCUGCUGUUGUAUAUUCCACCGCGAGGCAUGCGGGGUGCGGGUGGAUCAGCUGUGAUGGGUGACGCGUGGCAGUGCUGGUAUCGAGUGGGGCGCGAUGUUUGUCUGGUUGUCUGGCAACACGAGGUGACACCACGAUGACUAGGACCACCACGGCAACUCAUUCCCCCCUCGCCCUCACAUCAUUCACACCUACCCAUUCCUCAGUCCCAUUCCACCUUUUAGUGUCUAUAUCUUAAAAAACACAACACGACCUCAUUGCUGUACUGCCAAACGAAGUAUCAGUCAUCUCAGCAUCUCUCUCCGCCGCUUGUCAGGCAUUAUCUUGCCACCCUGUUUUGUCACGCCUCCCUCUCUCCCCCAAUACGUCGAACCCAGUGGCCCUCAUCUUCACGUGACAGGAAGGCGGAUUUGAGUUAGGUUCUCCAGUGUGCGGGGCGGUUCAUGGUGGUGAUGGCGGUGUGUCGAGAUGCUCAGUGCUGGCCCCUGCUUGAAGCUUCUGACCAGUCCUUAGCAAUUUAUUAAAGGAGAAGGUGACUGCCGCCCUUCCUGUCUUCACCAUGUCCCUCAGCACCACCUCCGCCUCCUCCUCGGAGCGUCCCAGCGCCAGUAUGAAGGAUAUGGACUCAAUCCGGGAGCGCCGCUUAAGACUACAGAAUAUCAUCCGUGCCAUGCGACCACCAACCUUGACUUCGAAUCCGUCCUCUCUCAUCUCCCGCAACCCUCGGAGACUCUGGGACAAAACACGCCUCUCCUGCUUCUCGUCCUCCUCCUCCACCCCUGACCCGCAGGCCCCCAGGCAUCACAGGGCGUCCAACUUCAGGCCGUCCAAUCAACACCUGCCGGAUAUAAUGAAGAGGGAGGGGAGCAGCCAGUCAACACCUGAGGCUUCCAGGCAGCCAACGCCCUUCAGUCGUCGUCCUUAUGAGACUCGGAAGAGCCGCCAGCUAAUGUCUGAGGAUGACAGGAGUGACGAGGACGCAGAUUACACGCAGGAGACGCUGGAGGAGAUCGUGCGGGGAAUCAAGAGUAACAGUAAAAGACGCCGCCUAGAUAAUACCAUCAGGGCUCGCAAGCUGCUGUCCAUUGAAGCCAACCCACCUAUCAAGGAGUUCCUGAAGGCGGGCAUCCUCCGUCCCCUCAUCCCCCACGUGCAGCAGCGGGAGGAUUCGACUCUUCAACUGGAGGCGACCUGGGCCCUCACUAACUUAGCGUCUGGUACCGCCGCCCACACUGCUGCUGUCGUAGACGGAGGCGCUGUGCCGGUGCUGAUCGAGGCGCUGGCGGGCGGGGACGAGAAGGUGGCGGAGCAGGCGGCAUGGGCCCUUGGGAACAUCACUGGGGAGGAGCUCUAUAGAAACCAGGUGGUGUCUGCCGGGGUGGUGACGCCUCUCCUCGCGGCACUCCACCACGGGCGCGCCUCCUCCGCCACCUCCACUUCCACUUCCUCCUCUUCAUCCUCUUCCUCCUCCUGGUCCUCCCCUGUGUCGCUGGUGCGGGUGGUGGUUUGGGUCCUCGCCAACAUCUUCCGCCACAAGGGCCUCGUGAUGGAGCAGCAGGAGCGGCAGGCGUGCAUCGCUGCCCUGAAGACGCUGCUAACACACACAAAUAGCGAGGUCACUGUGGAUGCUCUGUGGGCCGUGAGCUACAUCGCGGCAGAGGACGAGGAGGGUCAGCGGGAAUUGGUGGCGGCGGACAUCCUUCCUGACUUAGUGACGCACCUAGGAGCCAAGGAGCACCAGAAAGUCAUACCAGCGCUGCGGGCGACGGGCAACCUGGUAAUGGGUAGUGACGACCAGACAGACGCGGUGCUGGCGGCGGGUGUACUGCCGCAUUACAAUCGUCUUCUGGUGUCGCCUCAUCACAAUCUGCGGAGGGAAGUGUCCUGGGCACUGUCCAAUAUCACCGCGGGCACCAGGUCACAGAUCCAGCAGGUCAUCGAUGGAGGCCUCCUGCCGCACUUGGUUGAGAUCAUCGGGCAGAACUACCUGGACGUACAGCGGGAGGCGGCGUGGGCCUUGAGCAACCUGACUACCGGCGGCAGCCCUGAGCAGCUCGGACAGUUGUUGCUGGCGGGAGGGGUGUCCGCGCUAACAUCGGUGCUGGCGGUGAGCGAGAUCACCACGGUCGGCGUGGCCCUCAGCUCCCUGCAAAAGAUUCUCAAGACUCCUGACUUGCGGGAAGAGGCGGUGCGGCAAGUGCGGGUGGCUCAGGGCGUGCAGCGGCUAGAGGCGCUGCAAGGGUUCGUGGACAGCGACAUCAAGGAACGCGCCACGGAAAUCCUCGAUAUGUAUUUCCAGGGUAACACAGAGGGCGGCGACGAGAGGACCUGAUCUGGAAGGAAAAACAGCAGAAAGAACAUCAAAUUCUACUACAUAUUCUCUCCUCGUCAUGCACCUGAUACCUGACGCACACCUGUGGACGUGUCUUUGUCAUGAACAGCGCCAUCUGUGUGUGGCUGAGAGGGUUGGCGCUGUGUGGUGCUGCUAGUAAAGCUUCUCAACACUC